AUGAACAAUGCGUUAAUCUGUAUUGUCACAAAUGAAGAAAUCAGAGAAGCAGUGUUUGCAAUUAAACCUUCAAGCGCUCCAGGUAUAGAUGGAAUGACAGGUUUCUUUUUUCAGAAAUACUGGGACAUCAUUGGUUAUGAGGUUAGUAAGGAAGUGAAAUGCUUUUUUGUGUCUGGAUCUUUUCCUUCUGAGUGGAACUACACCCUCUUAUGUCUUAUUCCCAAGAUUCCUCAAGCAAAGGAAAUGACUGAUCUUAGACCCAUAAGUCUUUGCUCGGUCUUCUACAAGAUCAUCUCAAAUAUCUUGGUAAAGCGACUUCAACCUUUCCUGGCUGAAAUUGUUUCUCCUACCCAAUCAGCUUUUGUCCCUGAGAGGUUGAUAUCAGACAAUGUUCUUAUUGCUCAUGAGGUUGUUCACGCUUUGAGGACGCAUCCAACAAUAUCAGAGGAGUUUAUGGCUAUUAAAUCUGAUAUGUCAAAAGCUUAUGAUAGAGUUGAAUGGUCUUAUGUGAGAAGUCUUUUAGCUGCUCUGGGGUUCCAUCAGCAAUGGAUUCAAUGGGUAAUGUUCUGUAUAACAUCAGUUUCCUACUCUGUUUUGAUCAGCGAUCAUCCUCAAAAGCGAAUUUAUCCAUCCAGAGGUCUGAGACAGGGUGAUCCACUAUCUCCGUCUCUGUUUGUUUUGUGCACAGAAUGUCUAACUCACUUGUUAAGUAAAGCAGAGCAAUCAGAAGAGAUUCAUGGGGUUUGCUUUUCUCCCUCAGGUCCUACCAUUCAUCAUCUUCUUUUCGCAGAUGACAGCCUUUUUCUAUGCAAGGCCUCUGAACCUGAAUCAAGAGCUCUACAAAACAUCUUAGGAGUUUAUGGAGAAGCUACAGGACAAGUUAUUAAUUUAACAAAGUCCUCAAUUACAUUCGGCUCUAAGGUGCAUCCUUCUGCUAAGGUUAAAAUUCAAGAAACCUUUGGGAUUUUUAAUGAAGGAGGAGCGGGUACCUAUCUGGGCUUGCCUGAAUGUUUUAGCGGUUCAAAAGCAGAUCUCCUUGGGUACAUUCAGGACCGUUUGAAAGCAAGGUUAACAGGUUGGUUUGCUCGUACCUUAUCUCAUGGUGGAAAAGAAAUUUUACUUAAAGCUGUAGCCCUUGCUCUGCCUGUCUAUGCGAUGUCAUGCUUUAAAUUGCCUAAAUCAACAAUUAAAAAACUGAGUAGAGCUAUGGCCGAUUUUUGGUGGAACUCGGUAGAUCAUAAACGAAAAAUCCAUUGGAUAAGUUGGGAGAAGAUGUGUUUAUUAAAGAAGCUUGGUGGGCUAGGUUUUAAGGAUAUUGAAAGAUUUAAUCAAGCUCUGUUAGCUAAACAAGCGUGGAGAUUAUUGCAGGCACCAGAUUGCCUUUUCUCAAGACUCUUUAAAAGUAGAUAUUUUGCUGAUUUUGAGUUCUUGUCUUCUGCGCUUGGUACCAGACCUUCUUUUGCUUGGAGAAGCAUUCUAUUUGGGAGAAAUUUGUUGCUGAAAGGGCUUAAGCGUAUGGUUGGUGAUGGUCAAUCCAUAAGAGUUUGGAUUGACCCAUGGAUUGAAGAUAAUAUCAUGAGAUGUCCUUGGAUGAAAAAUCCGAAUAUUGAUCUUAUGCCAGCGGUUCACUCUACUGAUUUCUGGUCCUGGAGAUUCAAUAAAAAUGGUGAUUUCUCUGUGAAAUCGGCAUAUUGGCUGGCUUGUCAGUUUAACAAGUCUGAUGCUCAACGUGAAGCUGAAAUUCAACCAUCUUUCAAUGGGAUCAAAGAAAAAAUCUGGUUUCUUCAAACUGCUCCUAAAGUUAAAACAUUUCUAUGGAGGGUUUUGUCUGAUGAUUUCCCUGUGGCCGAGAACCUUAUUACCCGUGGAGUGAAGAUUGAAACUUGCUGUAAUCUGUGUGGUUUUGAAGGUGAAACCUCUAAUCAUGUUCUCUUCACUUGUUCUUUAGCUCGUCAAAUUUGGGCGCUCUCAGGUUUUCCAUCACCUCAAAAUGGUUUUCACCAAGAAUCAAUCCAUGUCAAUGUGCAUUACCUUAUGUUGAUGAGUAAAAACAUUAGAGUUCCUCCUGAUAUACGGCGUAUUUUCCCCUGGGUUCUAUGGAGAUUGUGGAAAAAUAGAAAUAAGUUUCUAUAUGGAGGGAUAAAAUACAGGGCUAAUGAUACAAUUGAGAAAAUUUUGGAGGAGGUCAAUGUAUGGUUUUUAUCUCAGGAUGUGGAAACAGAGGUUGGAGAAAGGGAGAAGAUUAGAAAGAAAGGUGAUAAAACAAGAUGGCGGCUUCCUCCUUUCCCUUGGCUCAAGUGGGUUGUUCUGCUUCAUAGUAGGAGAUCUUUCUCUGCUAUUGAUAGUAUUAUGGAUGCGAAGAUGUGUUGCAUGUUGUGGUCCUUGGAGAGUAUGGUGUUCCAUAGAAUCAAUCAUGUAGUUUUUGCAGCAGAAGAGGCAGAUAUUUUGGGAAUCAUGUCAAGACCUAUGGCUUGGCCUUCCUACAAAGCUCAUUUCUGGGAGCUGAAUCAGUUCUUGGUAAGGUUUUCAAAUUGGAAAGUGGAAGUAGUGUCACGAGCAGCCAAUAGAGGAGCAUUUCUCAUUGCUCAAAGUGCUUUGGAGGAUCAUUUUCAUCAAUCAUAUGUUGCAAGUAGUCAUCCCUUUUGGCUCCAUGGUUUAUUUGAGAAUGAGAAAAGUUCAGCCUCUAUGUAA